AUGGCAGCGGUUUUACUUCAGCGGGGCGGAGGGAGUUGUCACCAGGAUGGUGGAAAAAUAUUAUUGGUAUCUGCCGGGGGGAGGGUGGAACAUGGUUCAGAGAAAAUGUGGAGAUCUCGGUUGGCGAAGAAUCUCGAGUGGUCCCGACCUCUCCUGGAAAGAGAACUGACUUCGGUUCAUAGCUUGAAAUUGGUAAUUGAGAACGCCCGAUUAAGAGAAGGUCAGAGGGAUGGAUGGCAUUGGAAAGCAUCCCAAUGCGGUACUUAUACUGUAAAGUCGGCAUACAGAGAAAUCUGCUCUAGGGAUCCCAAUCAUUCUCCCCACGGGGAGGAGUUCGCCUGGCUGCCGAUUUGGAAGGCUCCGGUUCCGCUUAAGGUGAUCACCACAGUCUGGAGAGCUUUGCGUGAUAGAUUGCCUACUUGCGAUAAUCUUGUUAAGAGGCAGCUGGAUAUUCAUGGCAGCGAUUUGAUCUGUGCCCACUGCAAUUCGGGCGACGAGUCAGUGGAGCAUAUCUUCUCAACUUGUGGUUCUUCCGCGGAGCUGUGGAAGGGUUUGCUGCGUUGGUUUGGGAAAGAGUCAGCUCUCCCUACUAAGUUGAAAGAUCAUCUUCUUGCUUUUACAAACCUGGGUACUAAACAAGAUGUCCAGUUCCUCCUUGGGGUUUGGAUGUGCACGAUUUGGAGUAUUUGGAGAGGGCGUAAUAACUGCAAGUUCAAUCUUGGAACUUGGAACAUCGACAAGCUGCUAAAGGAGUUAAAACGCGGACCUGGAGUUGGAUGA